ACAGUCACCACCGGAAGUAUGUUCUCACUGCCGCAGCAGUAAUUUAAUAACAAUCCUCCAUUGUUACAUCCUCUGUCAAACAGUGGAACCUGUGUUUGUACAGAAAAAUCUGUGUGAAAUUUUGGCCAGUUAUUCUUUAUGAAAGUUUAUCCUGAUAAAUAUAUUAAUGUUAGCUUAGCAUAAUGUUAGCAUGGGGAAACAGAGACACUUGAUGGAGAUCAGAUCGCGUUUGUGAAAAAAAAAUGCUGCAGUGAUUAAAGAAAAGAUAAAGUGAAAUGGAWGAACCAGACUGUCCAACUGGAGAGCGGGAUUUUUCUCUGUUUGGAGACGUCCAGCAGCUGUUGAUCAAAGAGGAGUUUCCUCCUGAGCAGCAGAACUGGUGUCCCAGUCUGGACCAMAAGCCCCCACAGAUUAAAGAGGAGGAGGCUGAUAUCACAGAGUUUAUAUUCAGGCCUGCCAAUGUGAAGAGUGAAGAGGAUGAAGAGAAACCUCUGUCUUCAGAGCUUCAUCUCAACCACACUGAGGAGAGCAGUGUCUCUGUAAGAAGUCCAGAACCAGACGUCCAGCAGCUGCUGGUGGUCAAACAGGAGCUUCCUCCUGAGCCAAAGAACUGGAGUCUCAGUCUGGACCAGGAGGACCAGAAACCCCCACAGAUUAAAGAAGAACAUGAGGAGGCUGAUGUCACAAAGUCUAUGCUCAGCCUUGUUCCUGUGAAGUGUGAAGAUUACGAAGAGAAACCUCAACUCUCACAGCUUCAUCACAGUUUGUCUGAGGAGAACAAAGACCCUACAGGGAAACCAGAUCCAGAUGAAGGUUUAGAAUCAGAUCCUGAAGACAAAACGUCAGAUUCUUCAGAGACAGAUGUCAGUGAUGGAAACUGGGAGGACAGCAGCAAAGCUCAGAUAGAGUUAAACGCUACAAAAACAAAGGAAGAGUCUGCAGGUGGUAAUAGUGAUGAGACUGAGAAAAAGUUGCAUAGCUGCACAGAAUGUGGUAAAAGUUUCAAAUUCAGGAAAUACCUCUUGAUACAUCACAAAAUCCACACAGGAGAAAAACCUUUCAGCUGCACUGUCUGUAAAGCAGCUUUUAAAAAGAAAUACACCUUACUGACCCACAUGAAAAUCCACACUGGAGAAAAACCUUUCAUCUGCUCAGUCUGCAAAGCAGCCUAUUCAGUGAAAUCCAACUUAGUGAAACACAUGAGAAGCCACACAGGUGAGAAACCUUUCAGCUGCUCUGUCUGUGGCCUUUGUUUCACAGUCAAAGAAAGUCUAAAUUGUCACAAAAGACAUCACACCGGGGAAAAACCUUUCAGCUGCUCUGUCUGCAAAGCAGCUUUUAGAUUAAAACCUUACCUGAACGAACACUUGAGAAUCCACACAGGUGAGAAACCUUUCAGCUGCUCCAUCUGUAACCGGUCUUUCAUGCGGAGAAAAACUCUAAACAAUCACAAAAAGCGCCACACCGAAGAAAGACCUUACACCUGCUCCAUCUGUAAGUCAACCUUUAAGUGGCGCAAUAGUUACUUGCGACAUGAAAGAACCCACGCAGAGGAAAGACCAUUCAACUGCUCCAUUUGUAAAGCAGGUUAUAUAAGAAAACGUGAUUUAUCCAGACACCACACAAGACAACACAAGCAAAAGUGAACACAAGUCAGAUUUUUAUUAAUAAAUCAUGUUUUAAUCAUUAGAUAUUUGCUAUCCUGGGUUGUAGCAUCCAGAUGUGUGUAAAUGCUGUGCUUUGAAUAUAAAACAUAAUCAGUAAUUUUAAAAUAUGAGAAAGAAUACUCACAAGUGCCAAAUAUGGAUAACAUUCCAGCAAGAUCACCCCAGAGUAAGACUGUGUAAUUUGUAGAAAAAUUUCYGGUGAGGUGGGGUCAGUGCUGAAUGAUGCAUGUUUUUUUUCCUCUGUACAUUCCAAUGUAUUAAAUAAUUUUAUUACA